AUGGAGCCAGAACCUGAGGUGGCUGGAGCGGCAUCGCACUCCGAAUCCAACCCCGAAUCGAUCCCCGCACUCGACACAGAGACCGAUACCCAGAGUACGACCUCAACAGCUUCACGCCCACUCUCUGGAGUGAUUCCACCCUACUGGCGUCGUCAUGAUCGCAAUGUAUCCCACGCCUCACAAUCCUCGCUCCGAGGCAUCACGCUCGAAGACCACACCGCCGAUCCAGACUCAGAAACCACGCGUGGACUAUGGGCGCGUAGCGUCGCGAUCGAGGAUCAUGUUGUUGUCCGUGGAAUGACAGGUGUGGGCUCGUAUGUGGUGUGGAAUUGUACUAUCCAGACGCUUGAUGUGGGUGACCGAAUGAUGUGGUGUUUUGUGGCUCGAAAUGCUAAUAAAAUGGCAGGGUGGUCCAAUUGUGGUUCGGAUGAGGUUAGUUGA